ACAAUGACUACAAAAUAUUCAAAUCAAUUUGAAAAGGUUUUCUACAUAACUCGCUUAUUUUCAUCAAUAUGUGGAGUUAAUGUGUUAAAGGAAAAUUAUCACAUGACUUGGCUGACAUGGAGUUUGAUUGCUUUGUUAAAUGGAGCCGUUGCCUUUACCAUCUACACCAUGUAUGUAGGCGUGGCCAUAAAUAAUGAUUGGAGCGAAAUCUUGAAAUGUCUCUGCAUGUUUUGUGCUGGCAUACAGGCUUAUGCUAAACUUAUAAAUGCAAUUACUAAAUGCUGUGUAUUUCAUUCGAUCACUGAAGAAAUAUGUGGUUUAUACACCGUCUAUGAGCAGCGAAACAAGCAUUAUCACAAACUGCUGAAGGAAAGUAUAUCGUUGAUUAAAAAACUACAGGCUACCCAAACAGGUUUGGUAGUAGUUGCCUUCUGUAUCAUCAUUGGCACUCCCGUUUUCUAUAUGAUCGUCCUUAAGGAGCGUAUCUUUAUUAUGCCCUUCUUUUUCCCCUACAUCGAUUAUAAUACCGAUUUUGGUUACUACUUCACUUCGGCUGUUCAUAUAGUUUGUGUAUUUUUUGGUGGUUUUGGGAAUUAUGUCAGUGAUUCUUGGUGUUUUGUAUUUGCGGCCCAUAUACCGCUGGUAAAGAAUAUACUUCAAGCUAAAUUUAAUGAAAUGGAUGAGCUGCUGCUAUUAGAAAAUCCGCUAAAAGCUAAAGAGAUUAAAGUUUUACUAAAGGAUAUUUUCCAGUGGCAUCAAAAGUAUUCAGAUAUUUGCAAAACGGUUAAAAAUCUCUUUUUCUGGGUAAUUUUCGUACAAGUUGCCAUGCAAUUCGUAAGUAUUGUCUGUACGAUUGUGUGCAUAUUUUUGAAAAUAUGGCCAGCAGCACCGGCCUUUUUGCUCUACUCGUUUCUUUUGUUUUAUUCCUACUGUGGCUUGGGAAAUUUAGUGGAAAUUGCGAAUGAUGAUGUCAUUUCAAUGAUCUAUGACUCUGACUGGUACAAGCUAACUGUAUCGCAGCAAAAAAUGAUCCUAAUCAUGUUGAGAGAAUCCCAGCAAGCUGAGGGCAUGUCUAUAGGUGGUGUUGCCCCAUUGUCAUUGAACACGGCUCUUCAAUUGACAAAAACAAUUUAUACAUUCUCUAUGAUGUUUAGAGAAUUUUUGAAUUAA